AUGUCUUCAACUACAACUUCGGCUUCGAGCAGUACUGCUACCUCCGGCGGUGGCAGUGGUGAUAGCUCCGGUUCGAACAACGCGACAAGCUCGCCCCUGCUGUUCUUUGUCGCUCUCGGAUUUGGUGUUGUCUUCACCAAUCUAUGGAUCAUCGUGGGUGUCAAAUACUGCUUCCGGUAUAACCAACGGAACCGCCAGUUGCGUAAUGAGGAGGCGGUCGAUUUGAUGCCCAUGCCUCGAACACAUCGGAGACGGAAAGAAAAGAAGCUGAUGACGAUGGACGAGGUCAACGAACGAUUUCCCCUUGUCAAAUAUAAGGCGUGGAGGUCAUCUCGUGCCAACCAGGGUCUUCCAACGGAGGGAGGCAUUACCGCCCCAAACAGCAGGCCUCAGAGUUUGAAAAAUGAUGGGGAAGUUGCCUCUGCGACGGUUGACGUGUCUCCGGCGAGAGGCAAUGAGCGGCGCAAUUCCGAUAUUUCCCACGCCUCUGCGCAAGAUUUGCCUCCUGAUUCGCCGGCGCAGCCGGCAGCUGAAACUACAACCUCUGCCCCGGGAAUCUCUUCAACUCCCAAAGGUACCGGCCCCAGCAUUUCCGAUGAAAAAUGGCAGCAUUCUCCAACAAACGAAAACGUGGACCUUGAAGAAGAUGACGACGAUGGUGACCAAAUCCGCAAAGCAGUCCCUGCAGAGCUGCUACCGAAUCCUGGUGAUUCUUGUGCGAUUUGUCUGGAUACAAUCGAAGACGAUGAUGAUAUUCGCGGGCUGACAUGUGGACAUGCCUUUCAUGCGUCAUGUGUCGACCCGUGGUUGACUAGUCGGAGAGCCUGCUGCCCUCUAUGCAAGGCCGAUUACUAUGUUCCCAAGCCCCGUGCAACGACUGCCGAAACGCCCUCCGCAGACCGACAAGGACGUGAUGCUUCCCGUUCCGAAGCACUUACUCGGCCUCCUCGGGUGGCCCAGGCCGGGCUCCGAGCGAGUUCCUUUCGAGUACAAAUGGUCUUACCUGGCCGAAUAUUUCAAUCAACUGCUCCAGAGCGAGACAAUGAGCCUUCACAAUCUGGGGCACGUCCGCGACCCACGCGCAACGAACCCCGGAGUUUGGAUGGAUCACCGGAGAACCCGGACCAGUCUAUCUGGUCACGAUUUCUUCCCGCACGUCUUCGUAGACAGUCUUUCCCUCGAGGACAUCGGGCGCCGUCUGAAGUGGGGGCAGCAUCUGAUGAACACACACCACCGGAGCGCAGGACGCCUGGUCAACUGGAAGCUGGUACUACUUAA